AGGGUGGCCUUGCCAUCUCCUAAUCUACUGAGAGGCAACCACUAGAAAGUCCUUCUCUUCGGGCAAGGAAACAGUUACUAUAAGGAAACUGGAAGUGAUCUGAACCUUUGGAAAUUUUUCCGUCCCCUUUGAACUUUGCCAUGUUUCACUUCAGGUCAUGUCCACGUGGAAAGCAAGGCUGGCCAGAAGACUGAAAUCUCCAUCUAGAAGGAUGCAUCCAUUUCCAUGCUCAGCUCUGCUCGCCUGUUUUGGGAAUUCAAGGGAGAAUGCUCCCUUUGAUCAGCCCAGCACGGCUGACACUCAUUCCACCAUCUAUGACCAGCCUGUGGCCAAAGCGGGCCGACACCCAAGUCACCCGAGCGGGGAAGAAGGGAAGGCAGAGAAAAGGCGAGAUUCCGGCACCCGUUCGGAGAGAAAUGGCAGUGCCAAUCGGAAUUCAAGUAACCACACUGCUGUCCAGCCUGCUAAGACCUCUGAGGACGCACUUGGGUCCCUAGAUGGUGAAUUGGACCGUGAAGCAGCUGCUUUUCAGACUUCUAUCCCCAGACCAUCAAUUAUUGAAAUGCCAAUGGAAGGAGAGGAAUCCCAAGGGGAACCUAGAUGCCCCAAGCUGGAACAGAAGACGACAUCAGACAUCCCAUUGGAGGAUCCUGACCUUAAGGACACAUACCUUAUCCCAAGAAACAUCAUGGCUGAGCCAGACUAUAUUGAAGAUGACAAUCCUGAGCUAAUUAGGCCUCAGAAACUUGUCAAUCCCGUCAAAACAUCCCGCAACCACCAAGAUCUUCACCGAGAACUUCUUAUGAAUCAAAAAAGGGGUCUUGCCCCUCAGAAUAAGCCAGAACUGCAGAAGGUGAUGGAAAAGAGAAAACGAGAUCAAGUAAUAAAGCAGAAAGAAGAAGAAGCACAAAAGAAUAAAUCUGACUUGGAAAUAGAACUAUUAAAACGGCAGCAGAAGUUGGAGCAGCUUGAACUUGAGAAGCAGAAAUUGCAAGAAGAGCAAGAAAACGCCCCAGAGUUUGUGAAGGUUAAAGGCAAUCUUAGGAGAACAGGCCAAGAAGUGGCCCAAGCCCAGGAGUCGUAGGCCCACGCCGCAGAGACCGCGCGCCCACCUGUCACGCACAGAAGGCGCCUGCUCCGAGCUUCCUCUCAGGGCAGAAGCCCCUGUGGAGAGCCCCAGGCAGCAGAGAGUCAUCACGUAAAAAUGGAUUUGGUCUCCGCUCACCUACCUUCUGAGUGGAUCAAUUCCCUGGCACAGUUGCAGUUCCUAUUCGCCAAACGAAGGACAUUGACCAGCACCUAAGUUGGGACAAUGGACCUGUGUCCAUAAAGUUCAAAGACUUUAAAGAAAAGAAAAAACAAAACAAAACAAGGAAGCGGACACUGGAAUAAAGUCUUGAGAGUUGCACUGCUUGGUUUUUCUUCCCAUCCAAGUUUAGAGGGGCACAGAGCCUUUUUCGUUUGUUAGAAAACCUAAAGAAAAUGUGUUUCGUUCUUCCUUUAGUUAUCUAUGCGAUAACUUAGAUCACACAGGAAUGCGUUUGAUCUGUUACAUCCAGUAUUCGUCAAUUCCAUUUUGAGAACCCCCAGUUUUCUUGUUCAAUUUAUGCUUUCAUGCAUGACAGUUUUCACACCUUGCAAAUGUUGAUUUUCGUUUCGAGCACAGCUAUUACUUUUGUUGGCAUCAAUAAGGUUUAAAAAUAUGUUAACAAAAAUAUGUAAACGUCCAUUUUGAUCUUCUUUGAAUUUCUUUGGGUUAUACCUCGUGGUCACAUGCUGGUUCAGAGAAGGCACACCAUAUACGUGCAUUUAUUGCUUUAAUAACUCUUAGGGUUUUUUUGGUUUUGCUUUUUUUAAAUUUCUUGCUGAGCUAGUCCUUUUAUAAGAAAUAAUCUCCCCUCCUUCAGAGGAUCACAGCUAGUCCGCGUAACCUAACUUCAAUGUCAAAAAUAAAGGAUCCCAAUCUUUUGGUUCCCUCUAGAGCAGCGUGGGGAACGCUCUCCUCGGGAGCUGGGCAAGCAGUUCUCUGGGAAUUAAAUGUGAAACAAAUGUAAGAUUGGUCUCAAGGAGGUCUAAUUGGAAGAUUCAUAGCAUCUGUACAUGUCGAAUAUUACUAGAAUUCAAGCUUUGAAAAUUUCUGUGUAAUGGCCACCUAUUUCUUUGCCUUUUUUUAAAAUCUCUUUUGAAGAAAGACUAUUCCCCUCACCACUACCUGCCCCUUGGUUGAUGACUACUGCGCUGCAUCUCAGGAAAAGCCCAGGUGAAGGGAGCAGCUGCUCCGGGCUCGCUCUCUAGCUAACACGCUCCUCAGAGUGAAGCCGAGCUACCAGUGACAGCAGAGUUCUUUCACAAAAUGCAUCUUCUACUGCUGGCGUGUCCCUCUGCCUUGGGUGGUCUGGGAGAAUUUGUGUGGGUUCGCUAUGUUCUCCACAGAGACGAUUCAGCCAGCCAUUUAUUUCUCCGCUGAAGGCUCUUCUGAUAAUUCCUCUACAGGCGCAUAGAAAGCUGGAUCCCGAGCUUUUGAAUCCUUAAUAAGCGUAGUGGAAAUUGGCUUUGUACGAGAAUUGCUUUUGUUUUCAGAGUUGACAAUUAGGUUCAUAUUUGGUCCUCACAUAAGCAAGAUAAUAAAAGUACAUGCAGCCAUCACAUACUGCUAGUUAGAGAACGUGUGGGUUAGACCUGGAAUGGAUUAUUUCUCUCAUCAGCAAGUAUUAUUUGAAUAAAAUAGGAGGUGCUUAAGUUAAAAUGUUGCUCUAGAAUAGUUUGCUUUGGAAGGAUGGAAUGGUGGCUAUCUAUUCCCAUCAUUUUUCCUUUUGAGAGAAGAAAGGAAGUUAAGUGAUCAUCUUGAAAGUACAUUUCUGAUUGCACCUUGACUGGAGUUCUUUCUUCAUGUAUGUGGACUAAUGAUGUGAUUUGUCAAAGAUUCAGGACUGACUCACACAUAGCCUUUAAUCUAACUGCAUAUAAGAUCUUUAGAUUCUGUGUGCUUGAAGCAGUUCUGUCACUUGAUAAAAUUCUCAAGGGCCUGACAGGCUCUUUUAGAGGGACCAAUUCUGUUCCUAGAACUUACCUAGAAUUCAUUCUUCACUGGGAAAAGAUAAAUUACAAAAGCCUUUCCCUCCCAAUCUCACUCACAAACCUGCAGAAUUAUUUGUAGUUAGUAGUACAAGGUCUGGCCAACAGAAGACUUGUAAGUAACAUACAGGGAUGUCUUAGGACUAAACAGUAGAAGGUCCAGGUGGAGAAGCUCUUGGAAGUCGUCAGAUCAGCUCGGCUCACAGGCCUGCAUAUAAAAAGGCGUCGGUCUCCCCCCACACUUUAAUACUGUAUAGUCCAAACCCCUUGGACUCAUGAACAGCCAGGCAGUUUUGUGCUUUGAGCCACUUUUUGACAAAAAUGGCUCCAUUUUUCCACUCUGUGGUUUUCUUAAAAUAGUUCCGUGUUUUAUAGUCUCCUGGUAGUUAAGUAGUGUUGCUUUCUAAGCUAUAACAGUUGACUUUAUUCUUCUACUCUGAAAAAUCUUGACUUGUUUGAGUGUAUAUAAUAUAUAUAAAGGGAGCCUUAAUGGAUUUGUUUUCAUAAUUUAAUAUUUUUUGUAUUUGCUCUUGUAUAAUUGUUUUUAACAGAAAGUAUUACAGAAUUGAGGGUGGAAUUCUUAGAACCAAAGUUAUUCUUAAUAAAAAUCACCACAUGCUUGGACCAUG